AUGGAUCCGAUCGCGCCCGAGGACGCCGUCCCCAUCGCCGGAGCAUGCCGCCAUCAAGCCCUCCUCGAGCACGCUGCCAUAAUCCCUACCCCCGCCGUGAGCCCCGAUCUCCUCCUCUCCUCCUCUGUCGCACGCCGUGCCCCGUGCCACCGAACUGCGCUCACCGUUCGCUCCGCAUGCCCCCUGUUGUGCACCCCGCGCGCACGUUCAUCAUUCGCCUCCUCCGCCUCGGCUCCGCGCCGCGUCCACGGGCCGUCCCGCUCCCUCGCGCCUGCAUCGCCCCUGCAUAGUGCCUGCGGCCCCGCCACUCGUCGCCCCGGCUCACCUCCCCCGCACUACCCUGCCUUGCCGCGGCCCGCGCUCACCGCACCGCUCGCGCCCCCCACUGCCGUGCCGCCGUUCCUCUGCUCUGCUCUGCCACACAGCCCCCCCGCCUCGUUCCCGGCGGCCGCCACUUCGUCCGCAUCCAUGAGGAUGGCCGGUACAGAUUUCUCAACCACCAACAAGUCCAUCAAGAGCUCACGCGGCCAUUCUGCUUCAACAGUGGCUGUAUCUAAAGCUGUAAGUUAUGCUUCCAUGGUCGACCUCGUCAAUAUGGUAUGUUUACAAGACCUCCAUGACACUGCGCCACCUCCAAGAAGAAAUGCAUAUCCACUUGUGGCGUAG